AUGGAUUCUUACGACGCCGAAGCAGCUGCUGAGCUCAAGAGAAAGAGAGCUUUCCGCAAGUUCUCCUACCGUGGAUAUGAAUUGGACUCUUUGUUGGACAUGUCCACCGAGGACUUCAUGAAAGUCGUCCAUGCUCGUGCCCGUAGACGUUUCUCUCGUGGUUUGAAACGUAAGCCUAUGGGUUUGAUCAAGAAAUUGCGUAAGGCCAAGAAGGAAGCACCUGCCAACGAAAAGCCAGCCGUUGUCAGAACACACUUGCGUGAUAUGUUGGUCGUUCCAGAAAUGUGCGGUUCUCAAAUCGGUGUUUACUCCGGUAAAGUUUUCAACAACGUCGAUAUCCGCCCUGAAAUGAUCGGUCACUACUUGGGUGAAUUCUCCAUGUCAUACCGCCCAACCAGCCACGGACGUGCCGGUCUCGGUGCCACCUCUGGUCGUUUCAUCCCACUCAAGUAAACAGCUCUUUGCUGAUUCGAUGAGAAAUUUGGAACGCUUCUAUGGUUACGACAUUCUCACCAAAAAAGAGCGUAUGGUUGUUCAAGCAUCCAUUUGCUUAUGUACAUUGAUCUUUCACCAGCAUUGCAAUUAUUGAUCGUUCAAGCUCGACAGUAGAUUGUAGUAUCGCCUGAUUAUUCUACGUCAGGCAUAUCAUUCAUACAUAUACAUUCAAAACCUUCAAUCUAUGACUUUAUGUCUCGCCAGCUAGCGUGCACGUAAGGUAUGAUAGCUUAUUGAUCUUUGUUAAGGAGGAUGCUUCCUUGCAU